AUGGCUUUAGUAGCGCAGUUUGUUGUUUCACCCAUUAUGGAAAUUGAUAUCCAGCAGUUUGCAGCUUGUGUUAUGCAGAACUUUGGCGAAGACAUCGCUGCAACAGAAAUGGAAGUCAUUGAGUUUCAAAAGGAUUUAGCCUUAAAAUCGUUAGUCUUAAGUAUUGAAUGUAUCUGGCCUAUUCGGGUACAAUUUUUAAGAGAAUUGCACAAAAAUGCCAAACAAGGUUGUGUACCAAGUAAUGAUGAGGAAUUUCUGGAAGUGGAAAAUCUUAUUCCAGAGAAUAAAAGUGAAAGUUGUUCACCAACAGGACAAAAAAAUAUUCUAGAAGAAGACUUAAAUCUCUCAGACGAUAGUGCAGCAGAUCCAGAUUAUGUUUUACUGAAAGAAAAUUUCAUGAAACAUUCAGUCAUAAACCUGCAAAAUGACGAGAGCAACUCCAAUACGGAAAAUCUUCCAGUUUUGCAAACUCUAACCAGUAGCAAUAAUACAAAAAAAAAGUCGAUCACGAAGAGAAAGAGAAGAAUGUAA